UCGCGAGUGACGCGUUUUCAUUACGCCCGGGAUAAUAUUCCGUGAACUAUAUACGAUCCAACGGCGUUCUGUGGCGCACUUUGCUUCUCGCCUGAGUUGUCAGCGCUGUGACAGACCGCAAAAUAAAAACGCGCUCACCUCAUGUUUCAUUCUCGGCUGUCAAUUCUCCUUACAUAACCGGUCGGAUUGCCCGUGAGAGAGUGCGCGAACAAGCGUAAUCCAUACGAUACCGGCGUCGGUACGUCUAAGGGCUGAGGACGUUACUUAGUUCAGUUCCUCUUUACGCGCGGACGGAAAACGUUAAACACUUCUGCGACAUGCCAACUACAAGGAAGUUACUUGUAAACAUCGUAUCUGAGUACUUAUCUAAGAUUUGGUGAACGACAGGAAGUCGUGACAAAAAUUCGGAUAAUUAAAAAAAGACUUUUUCGCACAAGAGUUACCUUUUCGAGUCAUAUUCUCAGCCAAGGAAGCGGGUAAUGUUUGAUAGUGCGAUGUUGUAAUCAAGACGACAGUCGACGUUGUUACAAAUGUGAGAAGUAUCGCCGCGGGCUCAUUUGCUUCAAUUGUCAGAGACGGGGAUCGAUCUCCGUGUACUCUAUCGUGGUAUACGUGUCUUCUUCAUUUUCUUUUAUUCUUUACGCGACGAGAAUGCGCGGCGUUACGGAAAGGACGCCUCUGACGAGGCGUACGGAUUCGCCCGAUUACGUCGAAUUCGCCAGCAUCCUGAGGACUCGGCGAACGCGACUCCGACAGUUCCAGUGCUGCGUCUGCGGUAUUCUGAUAGUGGUCUUCACCAUGGCUCUGGUGGUGUCCGUCAGUUAUUCCAUGAGUCACGCCAAUUCCACCGGCUCCAUCACCGAUAAUGCGACGUUCCCCGCCAGCUUGGGUAGUAUUCUGAGAUUAGACUUCGCACCGGGAUCCACUUCGCAUGCAUCCUUCAGCAGCACGGUCAGCGCGACGGUCGAGCCGGCGCCUAACGAGGAUGCUGACAUUUCGACUUCGAAGAGACUCAGUCGCCAAGAAUACACGCAGGGCUUGCGAGCUGGCGAGCGGGCGAUGAGGAAGCGCGUGCUCGCGGACAUGAUCGCGGCGCAGUCACCAUUACCCUCUCCGUCGCCGGAGUCCAGGCACCGCUACGCCGUGAACACCUGCCGUAACGUUAGCGCCCUUGCCUUGGCAGCGGUGGGCGAAAUCGCGGCGACGAGGACGAUCGAGAAUAUGAGGUCCACUCAUGAUGAGCCAUCAGCGAUCGAUGCCUCCUUCAACGGCGGCUGGGCGCCGAAGGGCGUAUGCGAGCGGUAUUCCGGGCGCAGUUGCAGAGCCGGCAAAUACAGGAGCAUCGACGGUACUUGCAACCGUCCGGGUCAAUGGGGCUCCAGCCUGAUGCCGUUCAGAAGAGUCUUGCCGGCCGAUUACGCCGACGGGUUCGAGUCGCCUCGGAGGGCACGGUCCGGCGGCGAGCUGCCAUCCGCCAGGGAAGUUAGUCUGAAAGUACACGGACCCUCGCCCAGCAGUAAUCCGUCUUUCACGGUGAUGCUGGCUGUGUUCGGCCAGUUCUUGGACCACGAUAUCACCGCCACCGCACUGAGCCAGGGCGUCAACGGAAGCUCCAUAGCGUGCUGCCCUCCGUCAAAGCGGCACCCCGAGUGCUUCCCAGUGCGAAUAGGUGCCGGUGAUCCCGCGCACGAUCUCAACGGCAGAGACUGCAUGGAUUUCGUGAGAUCGGCUCCAGCUCCGCGCUGCAAACUCGGCCCGAGAGAACAGCUCAAUCAAGUCAGCGCCUUCAUCGACGGCUCGGCGAUCUACGGUGCCGACGCGUCGACCGUCCGCGACCUGCGCGAGUUCGCGGGAGGUCGCUUGAGGAUGCAGCUGGUUGCCGGCAACAGGAGUCUGCUGCCGGCGAGCAGGAACCCCGACGAUGGCUGCAACCGGGAAGCUGAGCGACGUCGCGGUCGCUAUUGCUUUUCCGCGGGUGACGCCAGGGCGAACGAGAACCUGCACCUGACGACGAUGCACCUGCUCUGGGCUCGACAGCACAACCGUGUCGCCGACCAGCUGUCCACGAUCAACCCCGCAUGGAGCGACGAGACGCUCUACCAGGAAGCGCGACGCAUCGUCGGCGCUCAGCUGCAGCACAUCGCCUAUCGCGAGUUCCUGCCGGUCGUCUUGGGCGACGGCAGGAUGAAAGAGCUGAAGCCUAUGAGCGCCGGAAGCUACAGGAAGCGGACGGACGACCCGGACGAGCCGAUUAACGAUCCGACGGUGGCGAAUCAUUUCGCAGCCGCGGCCUUCCGUUUCGCUCACACCUUGCUGCCGGGCCUGAUGAGGAUUACGGACGUCGAGAAGGGCACGUCGACCUACACGGAGCUGCACAGGAUGCUCUUCAACCCGUACAGCCUCUACUCUGAGGACGGGAUCGAGCGUUCGAUCACCUCGGCGACGAGCAACGUUAUCCAAAGGUACUCCACGCACGUCACCUCGCAGUUGACCAGCCACCUCUUCGAGGACCCCUUCGUUGGCAACUCCACCGGGAUGGCCUGCGGCCUCGACCUCGUGUCGUUGAACAUCCAACGGGGACGGGAUCACGGGUUACCGGGUUACACCGUGUGGCGGGAGUAUUGCGGGCUGGGGAAGGCGCGGACGUUCGACGAUCUCGGGAAGUACCUGGAGCCGUCGGCUCUGCGGCAGAUAUCGCUUCUCUACGAGUCUGUCGACGACGUAGAUUUAUACACCGGCGCGUUGGCGGAGCUGCCGGAAUCCGGCAGCCUGGUCGGGCCGACGUUCGCGUGUCUGAUCGCUGAUCAGUUCCUCCGUCUGCAGAAGGGCGACCGAUACUGGUACGAGUUCGCUGAGCAACCUUAUCCUUUCACAGAAGAUCAGCUCGCGGAGCUGCGCAAAAGUUCGCUGGCGAAAUUAAUAUGCGACACUUCCGACGGUAUCACGUACACCCAGAUGAAAGUUAUGAGCUCUGCUGGCCGUGAUAAUCCUAUGAUAUCCUGCGAGGACAUACCAGGGCCUACUUUCGCGCCAUGGAGGGCCGAAGGCGCUUCUCGCUCCAUGACAUCGUAAAGUAAUCAUUGCAACAGUUUUCGACAAUUUUCUUUACAUUAUUCUUUAUAUAAGUUUUAGGUCAAUUGUAAAUGUAAUGUUAUAAUAGAAUAUUAUUAAAUAUAACAUAUUGUUUGUAAAUAUCGUUUCUAAUAAUUAUGUAAAAUGAAAAUAUAAUAUAGUAAUCAAUCUUA